AUGUGGAUGCCUCCAAGGCAGAACCAAAGCUGGGUUUCCGAAUUUAUCCUGCUUGGCUUCUCCAGUGACCCCUUGUCCAACAGGAUCCUCUUCAUUGCCUUCCUUCUCCUCUACCUGAGUUCAGUCCUGGGCAAUGGGCUCAUUGUCACCCUGAUCUACCUGAACAUGCAUCUUCAUACUCCCAUGUACUUCUUCCUCUGUAUCCUCUCCCUGUUGGACAUGAGCUACAUCACUACCACCAUGCCCCAGAUGUUGGUACAUCUUCUUGCUCAUUCUCAGACUAUCUCCUUUGCUGGCUGUUGGCUACAGAUGUAUAUGUUUGGUGCCCUGGGCUUGACUGAGUGCAUUUUAUUUGUAGUCAUGGCUUAUGACCGAUACAUAGCCAUCUGUCACCCACUGCAUUAUACUGUCAUCCUCAGCUGGGGCCUGUGUGUACGCCUGGCAGCUGGGGCAGGGGCCUGUGGUUUCUUCUCCUCUCUGAUCCAUACUUUCUUUACCAUGAGGCUGCCAUACUGUGGGCCCAACAUAGUCAACCACUACUUAUGUGAAGGCCCCUCGGUACGAAGCUUGGCUUGCAUGGAUACCCAUCUCAUUGAGAUGGUGGACCAGGUUAUAAGUGUGCUCGUGGUUGUUGCCCCAAUUUCAAUCAUUUUUGCCUCUUACAUCCGCAUUGGCCAGGCCAUUCUCAAGAUCAAGUCCACACAAGGCCGCUGCAAGGCUUUCUCCACCUGUGCUUCCCACCUGACUGUGGUCACGCUCUUCUAUACUCCAGUCACCUACAUCUACAUGAGGCCCAACUCCAGCUCUUCCUCUGAGCAAGACAAGCAUAUCACACUCUUUUACAAUGUCUUCAAUGUCCUGCUCAACCCUUUGGUCUAUAGUCUGAGGAACAAGGACAUCAAAGUUGCUUUUCUCAAAGUGAUGGGACAGGGUGGCAUGAACUCGUGA